AAUGACGGUCGAUUCCGAUACCGGCGCUUUGGCGGAACCAUUAGCUCAGGAAAAAAUUCGAUGCUUUUUCGACGUUAGCCUGGGCGGUCUGCCGGCUGGCCGUAUUGUUUUCGAACUGUUUCCAGCAGUCGCACCGAAAACGUGCGAAAACUUCCGCGCAUUGUGUACGGGUGAAUGUGGCAUCGGCCAGAAGACAGGAAAACCUCUAUACUAUAAGGGAAUUAUUUUUCAUCGUGUGGUGAAAGAUUUUAUGAUCCAGUCUGGCGAUUUUUCGAACGGGAACGGAACCGGUGGUGAAUCGAUUUACGGGGGCACGUUUGAGGAUGAAGCUUUCACCCUAAAACACGAUCGUGCAUUUUUGCUUUCCAUGGCCAAUCGUGGCAAAAACACGAAUGGGUCACAAUUUUUCAUUACAACGCAACCUGCACCACAUCUUGACAAUAUUCACGUUGUAUUCGGUCAUGUUGUAUCCGGUCAGGAUUUAGUACGACAGCUCGAACAGCUACCGGUCGAUCGUAAUUCGCGUCCACUGCAAGAUGCAAUGGUUUCCAACUGUGGCGAACUAGUGCGACAGAUAAAAGUAAAAAAGGACAAAAAGAGCAAGAAAGCUGCGGCAUCGAGCGAUGAAUCGGACGAUGAUACUAGCAGGAAGCGUAAAAAGGAUAAGAAGAAGAAACGUAGCAAAGACUCAUCUCCGCGCACCAAACGUGCCCCCGAUGCCGAAGCAUCGAUCGAGGAAGGUGAGCUGGAAGACGAGAUGCAUCCGAUGGCGACGGUGACCAAAAUUGAUCCGGAUGAAAUACCGGAAGUUUCGAACAAGUAUCUAAUGCGCAGUACCGAUACUGCAACUAAGCGUACAGGCGCCCAGCACGACGACGAUCGUAAACGGGACAGUCGGGUGAAGGAACAGCGAGGGUUUGGUUGGCAGAAGAAGAACGUCCCAUUGUCCCGCAGUGGUCGUAUCAUCAAGGGCCGAGGACACUUUCGCUAUCGUACGCCAUCGCGAUCACGUAGCCGCUCGAGGAGCCAUACACCGAUUCAUUGGCGCGCCGCUCAGAAACGGACGAUCAAGAUGACCGAUCUGGAAAAGCUGGAGGACGAAAAACGGCAGAAUGAAUCGGAAAUCAAGCGCCGAGAAACGGAGCGCAAGAAGCGUCACGAAGAACUUGCAAAAGGUGUUUCGAAGAAGUCGUUCUUCGAGCUCAACCAGGAACAGUCUGCUCCGCGUGCAAAAUCUACCAGCGAAUCGUCCGAAGCGGAGGCAAGCUCCAAACGCGCAACCGCAGUAGACUCUGCCAAGGACCAGGUCGAAGCGCUGGUGCGUGAGAAAUCCAACGGUUCGAUCGAUAUGAAUGCGCUGGAUUACGAACAUCAUCCGGCUGGUACGUCCGACACGGAACCAGACGUAGCAACGCACAAGAAAAGUGAUACACUGGCCAAAGCGCUCGGUGUGGAACCGAAAAAGAAAUCGAACGAUGCGACCAAAGUGGACGAACGUCGCAAACCGGUCGAUGAGCGGAAGCGUGAUCGUUCGCGUAGUCGUUCGCGUGAUCGUCGUCGAGGUGACGGCUAUCGGGGUCGUUCACCGGCUGGCAACUAUCGUGGAGCAGGGGGAGGGGGAGGAGGUGGUGGAAACCGUAACCGGCAACCGUUUGGGUUUUCUGGCGCUCCACACUACAAUCGGUACGGUGGUCAACAGCAGCAAGUUGGAAAUCGACGAUAUGGCGGAGGUAAUAAUGUGGGUGGAUCGUACUACUCGCGACCUCGUGGACGCUUUGGCGUUGGUAAUAGUGAGCGGUACGAUCGUGAUCGAUCGCGCCGCUCACGCAGUUACGAACGUGGCUCAUCGCGACGCUCGCGCAAAGAUCGUUCCGCUAGCCGUUCGCGGUCAAGAACUCCUGAACAAAGGCGCCGCCGCAAGGAUCGCAGUUCUUCGGCUAGUUCUCAGGAACGAGACGAACGCUCGAAACGCAAUCGAUCCAUUACACCGACCAAACGCCGGUCAGCUUCCCGCUCGGUAACGAACGAUAAGCCUCGUGAAAAAGCGGCCAACGGAAAAGAGUUGGACAAGUUCCGCGACAAGAGUCCGGGCUCGGUUGCAACGGCGAUCGUUGUCGCUGCUACAGCAGCCGUCGAAGCAGCAAAGAUACCGCCAGUGCUAGCCAUAAAGCAGGAAAAGCUGUCGGAAGAGGAAAAGGCCCGAAUGCAGAAGGAAAAGAUGCUGAAACGGGCCGAAACGCUGCUGCUACUAAAGAGCCACAUGGAAAAGGAAAUAGAGGAGCAGCAGCGUAAGGCGCGGGAAAAGCAGCAGCUACUCCGCAAGCAAAAAGAAGAGCAGGAAGCCCGAGCGCUCGAUGCGGUGAUGGAUUUGGCCCAGCUGAAACAGCUCAAGAAGGAAACGAUCCAAAAGCUUAACGCACAAGAAGCGGCCCAGCGAAUAUUGGAAACGGUGGUCACGAAUGUAAAUGCGGCAGCUGCUGUGGCUGCGGCUGCUGCUACUGUCGGGUCAGGUAGCACUAGUGGUCAGAAGAAAAAGUCCAAAACCAGCAACAAGCGACGCUCGUCUCGUAGCUCGUCAUCAUCGUCGACCUCGUCCUCUUCAUCCUCCUCGUCGGCUGCUUCCAAAAAGGACAAAUCUCGUAAAAAGCGCAAGGACAAAAAGCGUAAAGCAAGGCGCCAUUCGUCCAGCAGCUCUUCUUAG